AUGUGCAAGGGCAAAUACAAGGUGCCGCACAUAGUGAAGCAAAGGAGGUGGGAGGCCAGGUUCAGAGACUUCCAAGAGCGAACCCCGUCACCAUCGGAUAGCAAUGCUGGUGCGGUGGAAGGAGGCCACCCUAGUCGUUCGAGAUCCAGAACCCGCUCCCAACAGGUCAUGGGUCGUUCAACUAGAUCCGGAUCCCCCUCGCCAGUAGAAAGACGAAGCAAAAGUCGUAAUACGAGCAGAAGUUGGAGUCGGAGCAGAAGCCGCAGUGAGAACCGACACCACCCCCAACAAGACAUAGGAGGGGCCACACCUGGCGGGAAACAGAAAGGGCCGCGCAAAAUCACCUGGUGUGACGUAGUCACGGGAACAAAGGCGGACUCCGCACAGAGUCACCCUCUGUCCGGCCGCCCGCGGGUAGCCGCCGACCCCGGCCUGGCAGCGAGGAUGGAGAACAUGGAGAAAGAGAAUAGGGAGCUUAGACAAGAGUUGGCCAAGGCCAGAAAGCAGAAUGAAAAAUCAACGCGGAAAAUUGAGGAGCUACAACAGACACUGAACGAAAUCCUCAAGCGAAUGGGAGGACACCCCGCAGAGACCCCAUCCUCUGGCGCCUCCUUGUCCCAUGGAGCUGCCGAUGAACACGACACAACUUCAGCAGUAGGAGGCGGGGACACGGACAUGGGCUGUGGAGGUGAAUAUGAAGCGCCGGUGGUGGUGGGCCUUAAGCGUAAGAGCCCAAGUGAUUCUCAACAUUUUGAAGGCGCUGAAAAUCACACGCAAGAACCAAAGCGGGCACGACCGGCAGGCCGAAAGAUAGACGUGAUCGAAGAAAUGGUAGACAAACUAACCAACAAGAGAGAGGGACUGUUUGAGACGCUCCUAAUUCGGCUGAACGAGUCUGACGCCGAAAGGAACGCACAGUAUGCCGUGGUCAAUAACCUACUUGCGGCCGUGAAAAAGCCGCAUCGAAUAUUUGGAACGCGGGACGGCGCAGUUGCAGCAACAGGGACAAGGCCACGACAAACUGGGAGGGGACGUAUCGACCAUUCUCUACAGAAGCAGCAAUGUCAACACCACCCACACUGA